AUGAUAAACAAAACAGCAUGUGCUCCUUGUAGACACCAAAAGAAAAAGUGCAUGAAAGAUUGCUUCCUUGCUCCUUAUUAUCCAACGAAGAAGAAACAAGAAUACGACCUUGUUCACAAAGUUUUUGGUUACAAAAAGUUGGAAAAAAUGCUCAGAAACCUUGAUGAACAAGGAAGAAAAAAAGCCAUCGAGUCUUUUGAUUGGGAAGCAAAGAUGUGGAAACAAGACCCAAUCAAUGGUCCACUUGGUGCAUUCACUGAAGCUCAGAAUGAAAUAGCACGACUACAAAACCUACUCCAACAACAGCAAGACCAAACUGUUCCAUCUUCUGACCCCAAAUUUAUGGGUCUUGCCCAAAAUUCAUUCUCUUACAAUAGUGAUGCUGUACCUGUUUCAAGCAAUGGAAAUUGGUCUUCUUUUGAGGCCCCUUUUGUGGCUAACAACAAUGUUGUACAUAAUCCCUAUUUUGAAUAUCCUUAUGGAGGAAAUAGCUUUGGAAGUAUAGGUGCUUUGCAAAACGAGGAAACAAAUUUAUUGAACUGUGUUGUUGCUGGUCCUAAUGUUUGGCAACCUUCACAACCCAAUUAUUUGCAAAGUCUUGCAAGUAGUUCUGGGACUAAAGUGACUGUGGAUCAUAAUAUUAUUACCAAUCAACAUAUGGGAAUGCAAGGAGAAGGUCAGCAGCAUUCUAAGUAUUAUUCUUUUGGAAACUGUAAGGAAUUCUUUUCACUGCUUUUGUCUCUUGUUGGAAUUGAUAUUUGUGCACCAUUUUCUUUGGCAUCUUUUUUGUUGAAUAUAAAGUGUUGA